GAUGAUGAUGGGAGCAUUCCUCUACAUGGAGCUGCUAUCAGUGGUAACAUGAAGAUCAUGGAAUAUCUAAUUCAACAAGGGUCAGAUGUGAACAAGGCUGAUUCAGAGGGUGGGACACCAUUCAAUGCUGCCAUUCAAUACGGCAAUCUAGAAGCUGUCAAAUAUCUCAUGGAUAAAGGAGCAAAGCAGAACAGAUAUCAUGGAAUGACCCCACUCUAUUUUGCAGCUAAAUCCGGUCAUUUAGAUAUCGUGAAAUUCUUAAUUUCUAAUGGUGCUGAUGUGAAUGAAGGUGAUGAUAAUGGAAGGAUUACUCUUCACGGUGCUGCUAUUAGCGGUAAUAUGAAGAUCAUGGAGUAUCUCAUUCAAGAAGGUUCAGAUGUGAACAAAGGUGAUCCAAAGGGUUGGACACCAUUCAAUGCUGCCAUUCAAUAUGGUCAUCUAGAUGCUGUCAAAUAUCUCUUAGAUAAAGGAGCCAAGCAGAACAGAUAUAAUGGAAUGGCCCCACUCUAUGCUGCAGCCCAAUUCGGUCACGUAGAUAUCGUGGAAUACUUCAUUUCCAAUGGCGCUGAUGUGAAUGAUGAAAAUGAUAAUGGGAGGUUCCCAUUACAUGCAGCUGCUAUUAAGGGUGACCUGAAGAUCAUGGAGUAUCUCAUUCAACAAGGCUCUGAUGUGAACAAAGGUGAUUCAGAGGGUUGGUCACCAUUCAAUGCUGCCAUUCAAUACGGCAAUCUAGAAGCUGUCAAAUAUCUCAUAGAAAAAGGAGCCAAGCAGAACAGGUAUGAUGGAGCGACCCCUCUCUAUCUUGCAGCUCAAUUCGGUCAUUUAGAUAUCGUAAUAUUCUUCAUUUCUAAUGGCGCUGAUGUGAAUGGAGGAGAUGAUGAUGGGAGCAUUCCUCUACCUGAAGCUGCUAUCAGUGGUAAUAUGAAGAUCAUGGAAUAUCUAAUUCAACAAGGGUCUGAUGUGAACAAGGCUGAUUCAGAGGGUGGGACACCAUUCAAUGCUGCCAUUCAAGGAGGUCAUCUAGAAGCUGUCAAAUAUCUCAUAGAUAAAGGAGCCAAGCAGAACAGAUAUGAUGGAAUGACCCCACUCUAUGCUGCUGCUGCAUUCAGUCAUUUAGAUAUCGUUGAAUUCUUCAUUUGCAACGGGGCUAAUGUGCAUGAAAAGAAUGAUAGUGGGAAGACUCCCCUACAUGGAGCUGCUUUCAGCGGUAACACGAAGAUCAUGGAAUAUCUCGUUCAGCGGGGCUGUGAUAUGAAUGAAGCCGAUCUAAAAGGUUGGACACCGUUCAAUGCCGCUAUCCAAUUCGGUUAUCUAGAAGCUGUCAAAUACCUCAUAGAUAAAGGAGCCAAGCAGAACAGAUAUGAUGGAAUGACCCCACUCUAUGCUGCAGCUGCAUUCAGUCAUUUAGAUAUCGUUGAAUUCUUCAUUUGCAACGGGGCUAAUGUGCAUCAAAAGAAUGACGAUGGGAAGACUCCCCUACAUGGAGCUGCUACCAGUGGUAACACGGAGAUCAUGGAGUAUCUCAUUCAACAAGGGUCUAAUUUGAACAAAGCUGAUUCAGAGGGUCGGACACCAUUCAAUGCUGCUAUUCAAUACGGUCAUCUAGAAGCUGUCAAAUAUCUCUUAAAUAAAGGAGCCAAGCAGAACAGGUAUGAUGGAGCGACCCCACUUUAUUUUGCAGCUAAAUCCGGUCAUUUACAUAUCGUGGACUUCUUCAUUUCUAAUGGCGAUAAUGUGAAUAAAGAAGAUAAUAAUGGAAGGAUUCCUCUCCACGGUGCUGCUAUUAGUGGUAAUAUGAAGAUCAUGGAGUAUCUCAUUCAAGAAGGCUCAGAUGUAAACAAAGGUGAUCCAAAGAGUUGGACACCAUUCAAUGCUGCCAUUCAAUAUGGUCAUCUAGACGCUGUGAAGUAUCUCAUCGAUAAAGGAGCCAAGCAGAACAGAUAUGAUGGAAUGACCCCACUCUAUGCUGCAGCUCAAUUCAGUCAUUUAGAUAUCGUUGAAUUCUUCAUUUGCAACGGGGCUAAUGUACACGAAAAGAAUGAUAGUGGGAAGACUCCCCUACAUGGAGCUGCUUUCAGCGGUAACAUGAAGAUCAUGGAAUAUCUCGUUCAGCGGGGCUGUGAUAUGAAUAAAGCCGAUCUAAAAGGUUGGACACCGUUCAAUGCUGCUAUCCAAUUCGCUUAUCUAGAAGCUGUCAAAUACCUCAUAGAUAAAGGAGCCAAGCAGAACAGAUAUGAUGGAAUGACCCCACUCUAUGCUGCAGCUCAAUUUGGUCAUUUAGAUAUCGUGAAAUUCUUUAUUUCUAAUGGAGCUGAUGUGAAUGAAGUACAUGAUAAUGGGCAGGUUCCUCUUCAUAGUGCUGCUUUUAGCGGUAACACGGAGAUCAUGGAAUAUCUCAUUCACCAAGGGUCUAAUUUGAACAAAGCUGAUUCUGAGGGUCGGACACCAUUCAAUGUUGCCAUUCAAUACGGCAAUCUAGAAGCUGUCAAAUAUCUUAUAGAAAAAGGAGCAAAGCAGAACAGAUAUGGUGGAAUGACCGCACUCUAUGCUGCGACUGAAUUCGGUCAUUUAGAUAUCUUGAAAUUCCUCAUUACUACUGGCGGUGAUGUGAAUGAAGAAGACGAUGAUGGGAGGAUUCCUCUUCACGGUGCUGCAAUCAGCGGUAACAUGAAGAUAAUGGAAUAUCUCAUUUACCAAGGGUCAGAUGUCAACAAAGCUGAUGAUGAAGGCUGGACGGCAUUCCAUGCAGCAGUUCAGUAUGGUCAUGUAGAAGCUGUUAAACAUCUCCUAAGAAAUGGAGCAAUAAAACAUAGAUUUGACGGAAUGACUCCACUCUAUAUCGCAGCACAAGCCGGGCAGUUAGUUAUCGUCCAAUUUUUGAUAUCCAACGGUGCUGACGUCAAUGAGGUUGAUGACGAAGGGAUGGUCGCUCUCCAUGCUGCUGCCUGUAACGGUGACAUUAAAAUCGUUGAGUAUCUCAUUCAGCAAGGCUCUGAUGUAAACAAGGCAGGCAAAAAUGGGCUAACAUCACUGAAUGCAGCAAUCACUGAAGGCCAUCUGAGAGUUGUUGAACUUUUCAUGGCAAAAGGAGCUAAAUGUGUCAGGUAUGAAAGCAUUACACCACUUUACAUCGCGACACAAUACAACCAUAUUGAAGUAGUAAAAUUCCUCGUGUCCAAGGAAUAUAAUGUGAACGAAGGGACUAAAAGUGGCAAAUCCCCGCUUCAUGCAGCAUGUUACAAUGGUAACAUCGAUAUGAUAGACUUUCUACUUCUGAACAAUGCUGAUGUGGAUAAACAAGAUCAAGAUGGAUGGACCCCUCUUCAAGCCGCUGCACAAGAAGGCCACCUACAGAUAGUCAAGUAUCUUUCAGUGCGUGGUGCAAACAUGAAGGAUAUGGAUGGUAUAACUUCGAUUGAGGCGUCGCCAAACAAAGAUCACUCUACUCGUCGAAUAAAGGGAAGUUUGAGUACUGAUGUCUGUGCUCAAAUUGCGACACGAGAUCAACCAUACAAAAGCCAUCAGAAUGCAAUCACUGCAGAAGAUGUGACGGCAUCCUCGGUGGACCCACAGGCGCAGUCAUGUUCAACACAUACAGAACAAUCUAAGCUCCAGGUGCACAAUAUUCAUGACGAGAAUGCAUUCAUUCACGCUGAAAUUGAAGAAGAAAGUUGUGAUGAACACUCGUUCAAAAAUAUUUCAACAGGGACCCAUCAUCAUGAGGAUGAAGCAAAUGGAACGCGUACUCCUUUUUUUGGUGCCCAGCUGAAAUCUCCCGACAAACCUGAACACGAUCCAACGCAAAAUCACAUGGAAGCUAUAGAUGACAUCAUGAUUAGGAAACGAUAUAGCCCAACCAAUAAUACAGGCUUUCCGAACUCAAUCGGACCUCAGACAUGGCAAUACAGCGGAUAUGAUCCACAAUUUCUCCAAACUCAGAACAACUCCAAGACCAGUGGCAAAAUUUCAGAAGACCCAAUGUCUCGAUGGCAUCGCUUAACUGAAGAGAUUGAACAAUCGAAAAAACCUCAAAAUGAACGUGUGAAUCACGGUGCUGCAUCGGAGUCAAACAGAACCCAAAGAUCAGAACCUUCGCUAAUCGGCCAUCAAAACGUCUACUACAAAAAACAACUCUCCAACAUAGAAGCGGUGUUUGCCAACACUGGGUGGAAAAUCUUCUCGAAACACCGAAGCGGAUGGACAAGGCGACCCCCUUCACUUCUGCAGAUCUUACAAACCUUCAUACAGAUGCUUUUAACUUUAGCCAUCCUUCUUCCAGGAUGUCCAAUUCACGUAGCAGGCAGCGGUCUCACUGAAGAGGUAACCUUGAUUGCAGGUAGCCGGGGCGUAGUCCAAUUCCAUAUACCUAGUUCCCUCAACGACACAUUCCAGGGUGUUCCAUACUACGUCUUUCGAUUUGAAUCACAGCAUCGUCCAUUCUGCAUUAAUGGGGAAACUGAUGCCGAAGGCUUCAAAAACAAGGCCCAGUUAUCAAGAUUCACUACCGAUGUCGUAGACUUAGACACCUCUCCUUGCGUAAAUCUAAUUAUAGAUAACGUUGAGACAGUAGAUCAGGAUGGGUAUAUAUUCAAAGCCAUCUUCUUCCACAGUCUAGAGAACGUUCAGUAUGAAACUAUGAAGAAGAACAUUGUUGUUCAAAUACCACAUGGGCCUGCGAAAUGCUUCAUUACUGUAAGUGAUGAAGAUGAAUUUCCAUAUGAAGUGCAUUGUCGAGCUUCCUCUGGCAGUGCGGAAACUUCACUCUCAUGUUACCAGAAUGGUCGGAACUUGCACUCCAGGAACAGUAUUGCGGACGACGGUCUAGUUACCAGAGGAAUAUUCUUCCUACAAUUUAAUACCCACUUCGCUUGCUGUUCACAUGAAGUUACAUCAAUUGUUAGUGCUGCAACAUGCAGUGACUUUGAGUGGCCACCUCGCAAGCCUAGCACAGACACUACAACACGUAUUGCUAGUACUCUACCUAAAUCUGUAAAUACCACCAGCGACAGACCUCUCAAUAUUACAACCAGCGCCACUACCAUGACUACCUAUAUCAAAUACUAUGCAGAUUCUGCAGCUAGAAGGCAAUUCAUUCACCCUUUUCUUUUGUAUUUGUUAUUAUGGUCAUGCGUGUCCAUGCAUGCUCUAAGCGUUGUAUACUAGGACAUAUAAUCUUAUACGAAACUUCACUUCCGAAAUCGUUCCCAAAAUAUAAAUGCCAUUUAAAAAUAUAAUGCCGGGGGAUAAUAACCAGUGUAACAGGUUGAUUUAGUAUAGUCUAUUAUAUUAUUUUCAUAUCAAAACAUUCUUGCUAAUAAUCCUUUUUAGCGUUCGAGGUCUAAAAAUACCUAAAAUCUAUACAAUUGGUCUAGCAAUUUUUCACGAUGAGGAAUAAAACAGUUUCAUAUACAUCCAGUUUAAUUCCAUUACCAAAGUCUGCUUAUGUAUUAAAUGGGUACCUUAGAAGGGUGACAAUUAUUAUCCUUUCUAUUCCAUUUGAGCACAGAAACACCUUUAUGGUGAUAAAUGAUUUAUUGAGGGGUACCGUUAUUUCAGAGAGGAUAAAUCAAGCAUCAUUCUUAUGUUAUUAAAACAACAAUCAUGAUUAUAUUAUUGAUAUCAAUUCCAAUGACCAUAGACAAUGUUGGCUUCUGCAAGUACAUUUGACACAUGUUUUACUUGAAGACGUAAUGUUGGUUGCCUUUACAAGAUUCAUUAUUCUAAAGGUCCAUGCAGCAUGAGAUUUAAAUUUUAUAACAUCUAGCAUUAAAAAACAAGAGGAAAUAUUGAGAUAAAUCCUCUCUAGCAUACUAUGCCGGCUUAUGGUUAUUUUACUUUUAGAUUGUUUGUUAUGCGUAAUCGUAUUAUAUGACUCAAUUCUUUUCAUAUAGUUUUUGACCCACAUAGUGUAUAUGUAUGAAUGAAAACUGUUUAGCAGUCUCAUUCGCAACAAUAAAUCAAAUCAAAUCAAAUCAACAGUGACCGUAAUCAUGAUAAAAUAUGAUAGUAUCAUAAAUAAAUAACUGUUUUGUAAAUAAAGUUGAUAGUGUACAUACUUCAGCGUUCUUUAUCUAAAGUACUACACAUAUCUCGAUAUAUUUUAAGCUAAUGAUAUUCCGUUAAUGAUUAUUUAACUAAAUCAGCAAUAUGAAGUUUGAAGUGGUUCGAUUCUUGUAAUCAGGCAUUUACAAUCCUAUCGGAUAAGGCCUCUUAUAUUUUUUCAUUUACUCAUGAAAUGCCACAAUUGCUCUUUCCAUAUCUUCUUUAUAUCAUAUUCGAUUGUUUCUUUUCUCCAUUAAAAACAAGGAGCUCGCUUUUCCACUUCAGAAUUUAUACCUCUAGAAUAAUGUAUAUAUUUGUUUUCUUAUAAGAUCUCAUAAUUACGUAUACAGGUAAAUAUUUAUUGCAACAAUUUAUGAUGUAAAUAAACACUGAAAUCUGAUAUGCACAGUAUUCAAUUUAGGCAUAACAAUUUUGUGUUAAAAUACACAAUUCUUCUGUACAAUAUAUGGCAUGCAUGCUUAUCAUAAAAUAACAACACGUAGACAGAAAGCUACAAUAUUUUUCAAUAUUAAAAAAUGAAAAUAAAUGAGAUCUAAAGGUAAUUCAUUCGUAUAAACUGUCGCAAAUCAUUAAGAGAUUUGUCAUUAGCUUUCGUCAGGAC